AAUAACAAUAAAAAAAUGCAUCUCCAUCUCUCAAACCCAAACCAGAGCUUAGAUCCACUCUCACCGGAAAUUGAGGGGAUCCGCUACCGUGACCCUAUCGUGUCGCCGUCGUGGGAUUGGUCGCAUCUUCGUCGUUGCAUUGUGGUCCUUUGUCUGAACUUGGUUAGAUGCAGUGGUAGGGCUUACGGCUUGCACAGAGGACGCCGCCAAGCUCUUUGGAGAAAUUCUCCAUCAAAGUUGAGGUUGAGGUUUGAUUUGAAGAUUUGGGUGUCGUCUUCAUUAUCAAUCUAUCACAUUUGCAUGUGCAAUAUGCUUAUUCUGCUUUCCAUUCUCCACAUCAUCGUGAAUGGUCCAACUCUCUGCUUUGGGAAUAAGGUUGAGGACAAAAUUUUGAAAGUUGGAGAAGAGCUAUGGAGAGAAACUUUGCCAUUACAUGGUGGCUCUUGCUUUUAUCAAUUACAGGGUCUAAAACCCCACACGUGGUAUGAAGUGAAGAUAUCAUAUCCAGCUUCUAUACCUGCUAGCUUUUCCAUACAACUGAAGAGAAACAAGUCAGAUGUGGUGCUGAACAAUAACAGGAGAUUGCUCAACACCGAAAAGCUAAUUUUUAAGACCAAUAGCAAUCAGGAUGAAUUCCAGUCAGUAUUAGUAACUGUUGAGCCAGAGGGGUUUCCUGCAAAACUGCAUGUAGCAGAGAGGCAAUUUAUUAUCUUCAAUAUAGUGUCUGAUGAACUAUUAUUAGGCAUACCUCACAAAGCUUGGUGGGUAGUGGCACUGGCUUUACUCGGUCUAGGAAUUGCUUUCAUCGUGCCUUCUUUUCUUCCAUUGUAUUUGCUACCAAAGAAACAAGUCUUGAGGACAGAUAAUUAUGUUUCUAAAACUUCUUAAGCCUCCAAGAAGAUAUUAUUUUUUAUAGGCAAGUGUUAGUUGCUAAUUGUUAGUUUUUUUAUUUAUUUAUUUAUUUUUUUUAUAAACCUCCAAGAAGAUAAAGUGAUUGUAUACUUGUUUAUCUCAAAUGUUGUGAGGCAUGUCUGCAUAUGACGUUGGCUUUUCAAUAGAAUUUUGGAAGCUACCUUGUGGCUGCUAAUUUUCCGAGUUUUCUAAUAGAAUGUUUGGCUUUGCAUUUCGGAUGUAAUUUUUCACGUUUCAGAUGUGAUUUUCACAAA